CAGCCGAGGAGCGGCAGAUACCAGGAACCAGAGCCGAAUCAAGUGCGUCGUCGCCAAACCGCGAACUUUGACGCAAACGACCUUGGACGUCGAAACCUAUAAUCAAUCCCGCCGAAAAGUCGCAAUCAAGGAUCCAAAGCUUCCCAAAACUUCGUGACAUCUGCCGAUUUGCAGCUCCAACCGAUCUUACAGGCAAACUCGUGCCAGCCAGCUUCCCAAAACCCGCCAAAAUGAACACCCAAAGGGUCGGCCUCAUGGCCAUGCGCCGAGCUGCUCUUCGCAACCCCGUCUCCUUCACCCAGCAGAUCCCCAGGUUGGCUCUCGCAAGCUCACAAGCACGCCCCGUAUCAACAGAAAAGCUCUCCCACAGCGAUGCCGACCGCCUCCUGGCCGAGCAGCGCCUCAAGCGGCCCGUGUCGCCGCACCUCCAGAUUUACGACUACCGACAGACGUGGCUGAGCGGCUCCGUCUGGCAGCGUAUCACGGGAUCCCUCCUGACUGGCGGCCUGUACGUCUUUGGCGCCGCCUACCUCGUCGCCCCGCUGACCGGCUGGCACCUCGAGACCACCAGCAUGGCCGCCGCCGUCGCCGCCUGGCCCGCUUUCGCCAAGGGAGGUCUCAAGUUCCUCAUCGCCUGGCCCUUCACCCAGCACGCCAUCGCCGGCGUCCGCCACCUGGUCUGGGACUUCGCCCUCGGCUUCAACAAGCCAACGAUCGCAAAGACAACCAACGUUCUGUGGGUCACCGGCAUCCUGUCGGCUGCUGGCUUGGCUGCCUUCCUGUGAGGGAGGGUAGCUGGUUCGGGGGGGGGGGGGGAAGUGUUUUGAGGGGUGAGAGGGAAGAUCAGGGCUGUGGACGUCUACUGAGCUGAAAAGUAUUGACAGGGGAGACGUCAAGAGAUGGAGAGCGGCGGCGUGUUGGAUGAAAAAGACCCUGGGUGGUUAGGCUCAUUGGGUCUUGUGUAACUCAGUUUCAAUAAAUAUGUACGGCGUUUCUAAUUGCACGUGGUUGUGGUCCAAACAUCACACGAUGGUGUAGACCAAGUUGGCAGCCCUGAAGAUAUUCAUUGCCAUAUGUGCAGUUAUAUCUUCUCUAAGCGUUUACCACAAUGUGCAGAGUGAUUUUGGUAUUAAAGGAUGCAAUCAAAAAGAAAUAUUCCGUUUCCCUUGCCC